AUGCUUUUCCAGGUGACUCUACUACUAAGCUUUCUUUACAGCCUUGUGGCUUCCAAAACGCACACUUACAACUGGGAUAUUGGCUAUGUCAAGGCUAAUCCUGAUGGAAUGCAUGAGCGCAGGAUGAUUGGUAUAAACAACCAAUGGCCCAAUCCUACCAUUAGGGUGAAACAACAUGAUAGAGUGAUUGUAAAUCUUUACAAUGGAUUACCCGAUAGGAAUGCAUCGUUGCAUUUUCAUGGUUUGAUGCAAAGGGGUUUCAAUGGAGAAGAUGGGCCGGAAAUGGUUACGCAAUGCCCCAUUGGUCCUGGAUCUACUAUAACUUAUGAUUUCAAUGUUGGUAACCAAACUGGUACUUAUUGGUACCACUCGCAUAGUGGAACGCAAUACGGUGACGGAUUGAGAGGUAUGAUCAUUAUUGAAUAUGCCGACAAGGAAGAUGAGCCUUAUUUGUAUGACGAAGAUGUGUCACUCACAGUGAAUGAUCAUUAUCACUUGGAGUCGCCUGAAAUCAUCAAACAAUUUUUAUCGAGGUUUAAUCCUACUGGUGCUGAACCAAUACCACAAAAUAGUUUGUUUAAUGAGACGAAAAAUGUGACUUGGUAUGUCAAGCCAGAUACCACAUACUUGUUAAGGAUUGUCAAUAUGGGAUUGUUUGUGUCGCAAUAUUUGUACAUUGAGGAUCACAAGUUUGUCAUUGUUGAGAUUGAUGGAGUUGCGGUAGAACCAUACGAAGUGGAUUCAAUUUAUAUAACUGUGGGGCAAAGAUACGUGGCUCUUGUUAAAACCAAAUCACGCAGUGAUGUUAAUUACCGAUUUAUCAAUGCAUUGGAUGCCGAAAUGUUGGAUUUUUUGCCAGAGGAUUUACAACUAGUAUCAACAAACUAUCUAGUUUAUGAUAAAGAUGCUGCCAAGCCAAAGCAUUACCCAUAUUACGAUUUUGAAAAAUUUACAAAUUCAUUAAAAGGAUUCAAUGAUUUUGAUUUGAAGCCAUUAAGUGGAGAGAAGUUGUUACCCGAGCCCGAUAUCACCAUCCAAGUGAAUUUUUCCAUGGAAGUUUUGGGUAAUGGUGUCACUUAUGCAUUGUUCAAUGACAAGAGUUAUGUACCACCAAAAGUACCCAUCUUGUACACUGUGUUAUCAAGUGGUGCGUUAUCGACUAAUCCUGAAAUCUAUGGAUCCAACACAAACACUUUUGUAUUGCAAGGCAAUGAAACAGUGGAGUUGAUCUUAAACAAUCAUGAUCCUGGUAAACACGCAUUCCACUUACAUGGACACAAUUUUCAAGUCAUUUCACGGAGUCCUGGUACUGAUGAUGAAGAUCAUCCAGUUGAGUUUAACCCUAAUAAUGACACCAUGACCGAUUAUCCUGAAUACCCCAUGAUCCGCGACACUGUUGAAGUCAACUCUAAUGGAUACUUUGUUUUACGUUUCAAGGCUGAUAACCCAGGAGUUUGGUUUUUCCAUUGCCAUGUGGAUUGGCAUUUAGAACAAGGUUUGGCCUUAGUAUUGGUGGAAGCACCAGAAGAGAUUCAAGCUCAUCAAAAACACAUUAGUGCCAAUCAUGUUCAAGUAUGUCGCAAUGUCAGCGUACCCGUCCAGGGAAAUGCGGCCGCGAAUAUGGAUUUCUUGGAUUUAUCAGGGCAGAAUUUGCAACAGCCGCCAUUACCUGAAGGUUUCACUGCCAAGGGAUACUUUGCCAUGGCAUUGUGUACAUUGAUUGCCUUGUAUGGAAUUUGGUCAAUCUACAAGUACGGAAUUGAGGAUGUGAGUAAGGAUAACUCGGCUGAAGUUAUUGAACGGUUAUAUAAAAUACUUGAUGAGCAUGAUGGUGGAAGGUAG